UCUUCAUCAGCUGUUGACUUUUUUCAAAUUCUCGUUCAGCAAAAUUUUAGUUCGUUAAACAUGUUACAUCAAAUAUUUAACACUUAACUUCAAUAUUAAACCCUUUUUGAGAAAGAAGCUAGCUUACAUAUCAAUUUAAUCGGGAAGCCUAUUGCCUUGAAAAGAAAAUUAAGAAAUAGAAGAUAUAGACUGAUAUUUACAAAAGAUUUAAAGACAGCAGGCUUCUAACUGAAGAUGGCUUCCAAAAAAGAUUGGAAUAUUGGAGAUUUGGUUUGGGCAAAGAUGAAGGGUUUUCCUUUUUGGCCAGCCAAGAUAGUAGAACAUCCCACACAUCAAAAAUCUAUUCCUAAAAAGGCACGUCAUUAUGUAUUCUUUUUUGGAAGUCUAAAUUAUGGAUGGAUACAAGAUGAAAAUAUUGUACGUCAUUCUGAAGAAAUGCUACAGUCUACUUCCAGUAAGAAAAAAUCUGCCCUUUUAAAAAUUGCAAUAAAACAAAUAAUUGAAGAAGCACCCAAACAACCUAAAUCACUAGUCAAAGGAAAUGAAUCUCCUGAAGUAUUGACAAGUGGUACUGAAAAGGAAACUGCUAAAGUAGAAAGAAAGAAAGUGAAAACUGAAAGCCUAGAGCAAAUCACUGAAGAUGCCCCCAAACAAGUUAAAUCACUAGUCAAAGAAAAUGAAUCUCCUGAAGUAUUGACAAGUGGUACUGAAAAGGAAACUGCUAAUGUACAAAGAAAGAGAGUGAAAACUGAAAGCCUAGAGCAAAUCACUGAAGAUGCCCCCAAACAAGUUAAAUCACUGGUCAAAGAAAAUGAAUCACCUGAAGUAUUGACAAGUGGUACUGAAAAGAAAAUUGCUAAAGUACAAAGAAAGAAAGUGAAAACUGAAAGCCUAGAGCAAAUCACUGAAGAUGCCCCCAAACAAAUUAAAUCACUAGUCAAAGAAAAUGAAUCUCCUGAAGUAUUGACAAGUGGUACUGAAAAGGAAACUGCUAAUGUACAAAGAAAGAAAGUGAAAACUGAAAGCCUAGAGCAAAUCACUGAAGAUGCCCCCAAACAAGUUAAAUCACUGGUCAAAGAAAAUGAAUCACCUGAAGUAUUGACAAGUGGUACUGAAAAGAAAAUUGCUAUAGUUCAAAGAAAGAAAGUGAAAAUUGAAAACCAGGAAGAAAUCACAGAAGAAGUACCCAAACAAGCUAAAUCACUAGUCAAAGGAAAUAAAUCUCCUGAAGUAUUGACAAGUGGUACUGAAAAGAAAAUUGCUAAAGUACAAAGAAAGAAAGUGAAAACUGAAAGCCUAGAGCAAAUCACUGAAGAUGCCCCCAAACAAGUUAAAUCACUAGUCAAAGAAAAUGAAUCUCCUGAAGUAUUGACAAGUGGUAAUGAAAAGGAAACUGCUAAUGUACAAAGAAAGAAAGUGAAAACUGAAAGCCUAGAGCAAAUCACUGAAGAUGCCCCCAAACAAGUUAAAUCACUGGUCAAAGAAAAUGAAUCACCUGAAGUAUUGACAAGUGGUACUGAAAAGAAAAUUGCUAUAGGUCAAAGAAAGAAAGUGAAAAUUGAAGACCAGGAAGAAAUCACAGAAGAAGUACCCAAACAAGCUAAAUCACUAGUCAAAGGAAAUAAAUCUCCUGAAGUAUUGACAAGUGGUACUGAAAAGAAAAUUGUUAAAGUACAAAGAAAGAAAGUGAAAACUGAAAGCCUAGAGCAAAUCACUGAAGAUGCCCCCAAACAAGUUAAAUCACUAGUCAAAGAAAAUGAAUCUCCUGAAGUAUUGACAAGUGGUACUGAAAAGGAAAUUGCUAAAGUACAAAGAAAGAAAGUGAAAACUGAAAGCCUAGAGCAAAUCACUGAAGAUGCCCCCAAACAAGUUAAAUCACUAAUCAAAGAAAAUGAAUCUCCUGAAGUAUUGACAAGUGGUACUGAAAAGGAAACUGCUAAUGUACAAAGAAAGAAAGUGAAAACUGAAAGCCUAGAGCAAAUCACUGAAGAUGCCCCCAAACAAGUUAAAUCACUGGUCAAAGAAAAUGAAUCACCUGAAGUAUUGACAAGUGGUACUGAAAAGAAAAUUGCUAUAGUUCAAAGAAAGAAAGUGAAAAUUGAAAACCAGGAAGAAAUCACAGAAGAAGUACCCAAACAAGCUAAAUCACUAGUCAAAAGAAAUAAAUCUCCUGAAGUAUUGACAAGUGGUACUGAAAAGAAAAUUGCUAAAGUACAAAGAAAGAAAGUGAAAACUGAAAGCCUAGAGCAAAUCACUGAAGAUGCCCCCAAACAAGUUAAAUCACUGGUCAAAGAAAAUGAAUCACCUGAAGUAUUGACAAGUGGUACUGAAAAGAAAAUUGCUAUAGUUCAAAGAAAGAAAGUGAAAAUUGAAAACCAGGAAGAAAUCACAGAAGAAGUACCCAAACAAGCUAAAUCACUAGUCAAAAGAAAUAAAUCUCCUGAAGUAUUGACAAGUGGUACUGAAAAGAAAAUUGCUAAAGUACAAAGAAAGAAAGUGAAAACUGAAAGCCUAGAGCAAAUCACUGAAGAUGCCCCCAAACAAGUUAAAUCACUAGUCAAAGAAAAUGAAUCUCCUGAAGUAUUGACAAGUGGUACUGAAAAGGAAACUGCUAAUGUACAAAGAAAGAAAGUGAAAACUGAAAGCCUAGAGCAAAUCACUGAAGAUGCCCCCAAACAAGUUAAAUCACUGGUCAAAGAAAAUGAAUCACCUGAAGUAUUGACAAGUGGUACUGAAAAGAAAAUUGCUAUAGUUCAAAGAAAGAAAGUGAAAAUUGAAAACCAGGAAGAAAUCACAGAAGAAGUACCCAAACAAGCUAAAUCACUAGUCAAAAGAAAUAAAUCUCCUGAAGUAUUGACAAGUGGUACUGAAAAGAAAAUUGCUAAAGUACAAAGAAAGAAAGUGAAGACUGAAAGCCAAGAGCGAAUCACUGACGAAGCACCCAAACAAGCUAAAUCACUAGUCAAUGAAUCUCCUAAAGUAUUGACAAGUGGUACUAAAAAGAAAAUUGCUAAAGUACAAAGAAAGAAAGUGAAAACUGACAGACAGAAACAAAUAACUAAAGAAGCACCCAAACAAGCUAAAUCACUAGUCAAAGAAAAUGAAUCUCCUGAAAUAUUGACGAGUGGUACUCAAAAGAAAAUUGCUAAAGUACAAAGAAAGAAAGUGAAAACUGAAAACCAGGAUGUUCCAAAGAGGGUUUUACCUAAACGACUCUGUACGGAUAGACCAGAAUAUGAAAGAACAUCUCCUCAGAAGUUAACUGAAGGGCCUACUGUCGAUUUCUCUGAAUUAAUUAAUAAUACACCUCCUAAUUUAAACUAUAAGCGUAUAGCUGUUAUCAGACCAUUAGAUAAGUAUUCUCCUUCAGGAAUUACCAGCAGUGAAUUUCAGCCAUUUCCUACUUUUGAUUUACAUGAACCUAAUGAAGCCAUAAAAGCAAAAAAUGUCAUACCAUCGCAUAAGAAGAUAGGAUUUAUUGGUCUCGGAAUGAUGGGUCAAAGGCUUGUUAAAAAUCUGCUUACUUCCAAUCACAAGGUCACAGUUUGGAAUCAAACCCCUGAGAAAUGUGUAGAAUUUGCUAAAGUUGGAGCUGAGCUUGCACAGACUCCAAGUGAUGUGGCUGAAAAUUGUGACAUAAUUUUUUGCUGUGUUUCUGGUCCUGAGGCCUCAAAAAGCGUGGUUUUUGGAAAAUGUGGCAUUCUGUCAGGUCUUGAAAAGUCGCCACCUGGAUCAAAAAGUUAUGUUGAAAUGACUGCAUUGGAUCCAACUACAUCAAUAAACAUUGCAGAAGCUAUAAAUAGUGCAGGUGGAAGAUAUCUUGAAGCUCCAUUUAGUGGAUCUAGAGAAACCGUAGAAGAUGGAAGUCUAAUAAUUUUGUGUGCAGGGGAAAAGAAAGUUUUUGUCUCUUGUUACAGUUGCUUUGUUACCUUUUCAAAAAAGGUAUCUUAUCUUGGCUCUGAUGUUGGCACAGCUUCUAAGAUGAAUCUGAUUUAUAGUACAUUAGUGGGAGUAUCAUCUGUUGCCUUGGCAGAAGCCAUGGCACUUGUUGAGCGUUGCAAUCUUUCUCAGCUCGACUUCUUAGAAAUUAUGGAACUUGGACCAAUAUGUUCACCUCUUCUUAUAGAAAAAGGGCUAGCCAUAAUAUCACGUAUCUUUAAAACUAAUACUUCUCUUAAGUAUCAACAAAAAGAUAUAACUUUGGCUCUUACACUGGAUAAUGACCGUGGACAGCCAAUGUCAGUCACGACAGCAGCAAAUGAAGUGUUCCAACGUGCUAAACUUCGAAAUUAUUCUGACCAUGAUGUAUCUGCUGUUUACAUGGGAACUAAGUAUUAGUGUCAGUUCAUUGUUUUGCUAUACUAUGUUACAUUCCUGAAGGACAAAUAUGUUUUUUUUUAUCCCAAUUCAUUGUAAAAUGUUAUAAAAGAUUUCAUAAUCCAUUAAAGAUAUCAUUCAUACAA